CGCGCCGCUAGGUUUCUGGUUCCUGCGUUAGGAGGCGAAAAUUCAAGACAUGGAGGGCGUCAGCCGCCAAGAGGACUCCCUAGGCCGAGCCGUGUGCGUGCUGACCGGGGCCUCCCGCGGCUUUGGUCGGGUGCUGGCUCUGCUCCUGGUCCCUCGGCUAUCUCCCGGCUCCGUGAUGGUUCUAACCGCCCGUAACGACGAGGCGCUGCAGCAGCUGGAGGCCGAGCUUGGCGCUGGGCGGGCCGGCCUGUUCGUGGUGCGGGUGCCCGCAGACCUUGGCACCGAGGCCGGCUUGCAGCGGCUUCUCGACGCUCUGCGCCAGCUUCCCAGGCCCGAAGGGCUGCAGCGAGUGCUGCUGAUUAACAACGCAGGUACUCUUGGGGAUGUGUCCAAAGGCUUCGUUAACACAGCUGACGCAGCUGAAGUGAACAGCUACUGGGCUCUGAACUUGACAUCUAUGCUCUGCCUGACUUCCAGCAUCCUGAAGGCCUUCCCAGACAGUCCUGGCCUCAGCAGGACUGUGGUUAACAUCUCGUCCCUCUGUGCACUGGAAGCCACGAAGGGCUGGGCACUGUACUGUUCAGGGAAGGCUGCCCGUGACAUGAUGUUCCGGGUCCUGGCCAAGGAGGAACCUAGUGUGAGGGUGCUCAGCUAUGCCCCAGGGCCCCUGGACACAGACAUGUAUCAGUUGGCCCAAGAGACCUCUGUAGAUGAAGACUUGCGAAAAACACUGCAGGAGCUGAAGGCAAAGGGGGAGCUGCUGGAUUGCAGGGUGUCAGCCCAGAAGCUGCUAAGUUUGCUGCAAAAGGAUAUAUUUGAGUCUGGAGCUCAUGUUGACUUCUACGAUAAAUAAGCCCAGAUCCUUGGCUUCCUGAGGCGCUCUUCUCCCCUUUCAGGCAUCCCCAGAAGCCCCGUGCCUCCCCACAUCCUGUCACGGUGGCACCACCAACCCUGCUUAACACAAAUAAACACUCAUGCCUACUGUCCUGCGCUCAGACUCGGCCAGCCAUGAGGUCACUGGGGUGCCCAGUUCUCAAGAGUCUUGUGUUGACCAUGCUGAGUUAGGAGGUUUGGGACAGAGAACUUAUGGGUAUCGGUGUCCUCUAGGAAUAUAAUUUUAAGGGUGGGAAAAAGUAGGACAAGAAGCUGAAACACUAAGGAGAGGGGGUUGGGUCUCAUGCCCAUGGCCAGUCCAUGGGGAAAGUUGGGUAAGCUAUUUCAAAUAGGAGGGACGAGUAGAUUCACAGAUAACCUGGCAGGGAGGAAGGACAGUGCAAGUUUCGGCCCACAGGGAUGCUUUUUACUCAGGGUUGCAGGACUUUCUGUUGAACUUCAUGACCUCAUUCUAAUGCCUUCUCCCACCAGAACCCACUCUUUGUUUUGCAGAUGGAGUGGAGGCUGAGCAUUUUUGUACAUGUCAAAGGAAGAUACAAGUUAAAUGUGAAUUGUCCUUUAUUAAUGCCUGGACACAGUAAUGCCUCUGAUACAGGGCCCAUGAGUAACUCCCUGGUUUGUUGGUGCCAGAGGUGUUCCUGAGGCAAUUGACCCAAACUUGGAAAUGCUGCCCUUGUUUCCAGGGCAGUUGUCUAGGGCCUGUGUGCCUCUUCUCACUGAGUCCCACCCAGUGGCAACGCAGGUUCACACAAAGUUGGCCAAGAUGGGCAUACCCAGACACCUGUUCCUUCAUGCUUUUGCCUGUAGUGAUCCUAGUCUUGACUAACCUUCCUUACCCUUGACUUAUUCAAAUAGUAUCUAGCCUUCAGGGAGGGGUCAUUUUCCUCGCUCUCUUGGAUUUCUAUUUCUAUCUCUUGCCCACAUGGCAAUGCUCUGAAUGGAUCUCACCUCCUCUGUGGCCUGUUGUUGGCCGUCCUAGUAAUACCCAUUUUUCCCAUGGUCCUGGUCCUCAGAGGGGUGGGCCUAGAACCAACAUGCCACAGGGAAAAGUGGGCAAGUUUCUGAGAGAGGGAAACCCUGAGAAACCAGGAGUAGAACCAAACCCAUCCUUUUGUGUGUGGGUAGAUGUGGGCAAGCUGGGAGCGUUGCAGGGGUGGUCUACAGCCAGCCAGCCCCUUCCUGGCCCAAAUUUGGGAGGAGAGCAUGGUCCCUGCCAGCCAGCUGCAGAAUUCAGCCCUGGGUCUGAUCAUGCAGGAGGGAACUCUCUGCUCCUCCUUAGGCGCAGCAGAGGGCGCACUGGGGCCGUGCCUCCUGGAGAAAUCCAAACAGCUCCUUUGCUGGAGGGAGGCCCUGGGUGGGAGCUGGCAGUGCCCUGCUGGGUUUCCUAGAAGGGACCAAGCAGUUCAUGCUCUUUUUUUUCACUCAGCAGAGCCUUUUUACUCACUGGAGUCAAAAUCACUAUACACAGAUUCCUGCUCUGCCAUUUACCAACUGUAAACCAGGGCAAGUUGCUUUUUUCUGUGCCUCAAUUUCCUCAUCUAAAAAAUAUGGAUGGGACCCAUGGACAAAGCCAAAGUGGGAAAGGAUGGGGGGGGGGG